AGCAUCUCUUCAAUGGCCAAGGUGUUGAAUUGCUUUAGAAGUUCCGUCUUGUAGGUCAAAUGUUAUUAUGGAUUACGAAUGAUGAGAUUUAUGAGAAUCCGUGGAGUUUGGACCCCUGUUACUCAAUGUACACAAAACAAACGUACAGUAGGGAAAAUGUUCAAUCUCCUUGUAAAUGUCAGAGAAGGAAAGUGGAAGGCAACUGCAAGUCUGCAAGGAAGCGUCCUCAAUCGAACUUUCACAUGAAUGGGAUGGUUGCUGUGACCAAGCCAAGAUAGAGGUUCAAAUCAGGAGAUUUAAGCAUCUUCAGGCUUGCAUUAGGACUUAAUUGGGAGACACACAUCCUGUCAUUUUGUUUAGUUGCCAUUACAUAGUGGAUUGAACAUUAAAAAAUUGUUGAUACUGUUUUGUGUUGUUGAAUUAAGAGGCUUGAAUGCUGCUGUUGAAAAUAAAAUCACUAUUGUUUUGAAGUCAUCCGAUCCUUUUUAUUGCUUCAUCGUGCUGGUGAGGACUAACUGGCAUGCACCAAUACCACGUUACUGAAUUUUUGGAUGGACCAAGAAGGGAUUGGUUUGUCUUAAAGCUGGGACAAGGGAGAUAUUGUUUGUGCCGUUACUGAAUUGAUUUAUUUCAAGUUUCAAUUGCUGAAAUUAGUUUUGCAAACUGCUGCAUCGGUUGCGUUGGCCUUGUGAGCUGUGACUUGUUUUUAGAUUCAUGAUUGUCUGGACUGAUUAGGAUUGAUUAGGGGUUUUUCUAUCAUGUGACAUAAAUAUUUUUUAAAAAA